UGACUUUUGGGCCAAUAACAAGCCGUGUUUUUCGAGUUUUACCAGCCAUUUACAUAAAUUCAGGGAAUUUUGAUUAAUGAAGGAGCGUAAACAUAAAUUCCAAAAAGAAAAAUGUUGUCUAAAAUUAUUGCUGAAUUUGUAGACCUGGUUGGAAACAUGCUACAAGUUAAUUUAUUUAAGUGAUCAACAAAUAAGCACAGGGCUAGCAGAUGAAAAUCGAUCCUACUUUGAAAAUUCUCAUUACCCAUUUGUCCUGGUGCAUUGGAGACUUUAUAAAUGAGCUUCAUAGUUUGAAGAAACAAUCCUUGGGUUAUUUAUUUUAUUCUUAUUUGAGUGGUAUACUAACUUCCCAAAAGUUUAUGGGUAUUUAUUUGUUUGUUAAAUUGAAAACAUGAUAUCGUAAUCAUGCCGCGACAAAAACGAAAUAACAAAUCGUCUGCAACAUCUGGUUUUAAUAAUCAGCCAAAAAUCCAAUUCAAGAACAGUUCACCGCCUAUCAAUGGUCCUCAUACACCCUAUUUGUUAUACGGACCAAAUGGCGAUAUAGCUUUCAACACUUACCCUAGUAGUUUUCAACAAUCAUCUAUCCCCAAUUCUCCUUUGAAUAACACUACCCAAACGCAGAAAAGUGUGAAAAAUACACCAAGUAAGCACAACCAAAGCAAUGGGGGAGAGGUGAAUAGUGUGUGGACGGCGCAACCUGCGUUUGAUUACGAGCCUCUUCGUUUCGCAAAUGGACAGCCUCGUCGAUUCGAGUUGGCUAACGGGACCCCUUCGUCUCCCAUAUUGUACUACAAUAGACCUUCACUAGAGAGCUCUUAUUCGCUACCUGCACCUAAUCAAGUCCACCAUGUCACAUUUCCAUCUCCCUCGCCUCCCCUUCGCGGAGGAGGAAUAGCCAGACCGUUGACUGUGCCCAAUACCCCAAUUAUCCACGGAAUCACUCUACCCCCUGCUCCCCCUGACUUCGGAAUCGUGGCACCGAAAAGUAAUCAGCGGAACAGCAUUUUAAGUUCUAACAUUAAUUCAUCAUCUUCGUUACUUUCGAGCGGUCAGUCUGUAAAACCCAUUCUGAAAAACUCGACAGGAGGCUCCUCGCCGACCAAUCAUAUUGAUGCAACGAAGGACUAUUUAAUGAAGGAGUUGUCGGAUUUAGGCGAGAGUGAAGAGAAGCAUCUUCGUAGGCUGAUGCAAGUCGAUGACAAUGACGAUUGCACGGCGCUGUCUCGACUGUUCUUCCAAGAAAGCACUAUGGUGCACGGUGUGGCCAGAGCGGCCAAGCUGGGUUCGGACUUGAGGAGAUUCAUCUGGGUGGCUCUGGUGAUACUGUGUCUGGCUGGAUUCACCUGGCAGACCUGUAGUCUCCUCGUGGACUUCUUCCGCUGGCCAGUGACUGUCAUUACUCAGAUGGAACACACCAGGACUCUCACUUUCCCUUCCAUCUCAGUCUGCAACAUGAACAAAAUCAUGGCCAGCAAGGUACAGUCUACACGUUUCUCCAGUCUGCAGGAACUAGACCAGUACGCCGCAGAGAGUCUUCCUGAGGAGCUGUCCAGGUACCUGGAACGCGUGAACAAAACCAGUGAAUUGAAAGUAUGCGGGGGUGCUGGGGAGAGGGGGGACUUGUGGCAGUGUCCAGGGGUGCACUACUGUAUCCCAAGAGAGUGGAGGUGUAAUGGGAAGCAAGACUGUCCCAACAAUCAAGACGAAAUCGAUUGUGCCGAGUGCAGAGUUGAACACUGGGAGAUCUCAUGUCCUGGCGGUGGGUGGAGUCAGGGGUGUGUCAAGUUCUGGGAGAUGUGUGACGGCAUGCCGCACUGUCCAGAUGGGAGCGACGAGGACCCGGAGGUGUGUCAGUGGAACAGCUGCGACAACUUCACAGACUACAGCAACUACUCAUUCCAGUGUGAGAGCAGCACCAGGUGUAUCUGGAGCUAUUACCUGGGUGACACCAUACCUGAUUGUCCUGACGGCGAGGACGAAGACCCAGUGUUUCUUCAAGAGAAGGCUGAGUUGUGGGAGGAGCAGCGACUGAACGGGACAGGUGGGGGCUUUGGGAAAGUGAACUUGAGGUGUGGGGAGUUGUUGAGCUGGGUUCCCAACUGGUGGCUGUGUGAUGGGAGGAACCACUGUCGCAAUGGAUUCGAUGAGAUGCACUGUGAACAGAACAAGACUUGUAAGGCGAAUGAGUUGUUGUGCGAUGAGGGAUACAACUGCAUCGCACACGACUGGAAAUGUGACGGGCUAAUAGACUGUCCUCAAGGCAGUGACGAGGAAGACUGUCCGAAUAGGAUAGACUGUGAGAAGGAGGGUCUGAUCCAAUGUCAGUUGAGCACCUGGUGCAUCGAUGAGUCAUGGAUGUGUGAUGGGAACGGGGACUGUCUCUACGAUGAAGACGAGGACAAGAUCACAUGUGCCAACCACGAGUGCAAACCGAAUGAAAAGAGGUGUCCAGGGCAUACAUAUGCGUGCAUUGACGAAACUAAGAUCUGCGAUGGUUUCAUCGACUGUCCAUCUGGAUUGGACGAGGUGGGCUGCGAGUCUUUGAUUAGUUGUGAGUCUUCCCUCAGCUCUCCGAACAAACCCUCAAUCGACAUCCCUGCAGCUACUACGAGUACUAACAACACUGGAUCACUCGAUCAGCCGGAUCUAUCUGGAUCAAAAAAUGGCGAUGGACCCUUCAAAAUGAUGUGUUCAGAUCAAUCCAGGUGUAUUUUGUCGUCUUGGCUGUGCGAUGGGGUGCAGGACUGUGAAACUCCUGUGGACGAGAGGAACUGUGGCAACGAGCAGCUGUCCUGUUCAUCCGUCAAGGACGAAUAUCAGUCUUGUGAGCAGUGGGCUAAAAUGGGGCACUGCAAAAGCAGCAGCCACAACUACCGCUUCAUGAAGGAGAACUGCAGGCGCACCUGUCACUUCUGCACCGAAACCGAAGACUCCUCCCAUUCUCUGAUCGGAGACUCGGAGCAGGCGGCAGUCACGAACAAAGAGUGGAAGAUUUACUAUCACUCAUCCGUUCACGAAGACUACUCAGAUGUAGUGGGAUUAGGAGGCAUGAUCGACCAACAGGAAUUGAAAGAACUCGGGCACCAAAGACAAGACUUCAUAAUCCAGUGCAAUUUCGACGGCCAAACAUGUGAUCCAAAAUGGUUCAAAGAGUUUCAGAAUGACGUUUAUGGAAACUGCUGGACUUUCAACGAUGAUCUGAAUGAAAUCUUCAGGCCAAGAAACAUUUCACAAGCUGGCGUGCAACAUGCUCUGCAGAUGACUUUGUUUCUUGACACUGAAAACUACCUCGGUCUUCUCUCGCCCAGAGUCGGUGCCCGACUUUCAAUCCAGUCGCCAAAACAACCGCCGAUGCCCGACGAACUCGGGAUCACCCUGACCCCGGGUAUUCACACGAGUAUCGGUGUCCGACAACGCGAAUUAUACCGAAUGCAAAACCGAUACGGUCAAUGCCGAGACCAAUGGCCCGAGGGACUAUCGCUGAUGAAGACAAACUCAACUAGUAAAAACCGAACUUACGACUACUCGUACCUGGCAUGUAACAAACUAUGUAUCCAGAACCGACUUUGGUCCGAGUGUAAAUGUGUCGAGUCGCUACUUGUUGAGAACCGAAGUCUCUGUAAUGUCGUGGAUAAGGCAGUGACUGAAUGUAGAAACAAAGUUUACAGGGAUUUUACAGAGAGUUUGUUUGGUUGUGGUUGUCAGCAAGCAUGCUCCGAAACUUUGUUCUCAAAAACAGUUUCUGAAUCUACGUGGCCCAGUGAGAAAUACAUGUACCACCUCUACAGACGAUUGCUCAAUGACGAAAGCAGCCUGGUUAAAGACAGUGUCAAAAACGUACUAGUCGACUUUGUCCAGAUGAAAAUCAACGCCAGAUACCACGAAGAGCGCAAGAACCGAACCAAAAACUCGUUCACGGCGGAGAGUGGCGACAACAAAGGCGGGUCCACACGCACUGGUUGGGAUAUCUUGUCUUCUAUGGAGAGUCUGCUUAAAAGUAUGGACUACGAGACUAAUGAUGACAGACUGAAGAGUUUCCUGCAGAAGAAUUUCCUGAGAGUGGAGAUCUAUUUCGAGGACUUGUCUUACGAGGUGGUCAAGGAGACCCCACAGUAUGGCUGGGAGCAUAUUUUGUCUAAUAUUGGCGGUGCAUUAGGAUUAUGGCUCGGUCUCAGUAUCAUAACAGUGUUUGAGUUCUGCGAGCUUAUCUUCGAUCUGCACCGGAUUGUAAUUUCGAAUAAUUUCCGCAAAAGACAAACAAAACGGAAGAAUUUGCUCAGCGAAAAGUACCUGUCAAGAAGGCAAGCAUGUCGGAACAACUUCAACUCUGUCGCCAAUCAGGAUUAGAAAUGCCCCACCCACCCGGUUUGAAAAGGUUUCAUGCCAUGGGAAGCAAAAAAAAGCUCCUGGAAGUGAAACUAAGCGCAGUCGAAACUUAAUUAACGGUACAUUCUUCCAAAAAGCCAAUUCAGUAUAGCUUCUUCUUUUCGUGUUGCAUUCUUUUUUAGAUUUAAU